CAACAAAAUCCGAAUAGUAUCAUAUGAGAUAAUUUGGGUAAUAUGGUUGAACUAGUUGAUGCUCAGAACUGUGCGACUUUCGUAAAUUCUUGUGUCGAUAGCAUGGUCGGGCCUUUAUAUACAGUGGUUAUGCACAAAUGCAUGUCCGCAACCUGGUAGAAACAACAGAUCUGCAUUAUACUAUUGCAGCGCGAUAAAAAGCUUCACAUGAUCAUAUUCCGACAUGGAUACCGAGGUUGAUGGGAUGGGUAGCGGUGGUGGUGGUGGUGGGAACUCUCCGGAAGGGAUUCGGCGUGCGGUGAGUUAGUGUUUUAUGGGAUCCGGACCGGUGCAGUCGGGGCCUUCGGGGGCCGGCGUAUGGUCAUCUGAGAAGACGAAUCCAUCCAACUAACUUGAUUAUGCAGUGUGACCAAUGCAGGUUGCGAAAGAUUAGAUGCGAUAAAGAAUCGCCUUGCUCAAAUUGUAAGAGUGCUAAGAGGUCAUGCAGCUCGACGGGUUUGGGUCAGAAGCCCAAGGAGCCAAAGCAGCGUGUACUGAUAUCAAGCCAAUAUGAGAGAAAAAUAGACGAUCUGCAAGAGCGUCUCGCUGGUAUCGAGACCCUUCUUCAAAGACUUACCACUUCAAAUGCUUCCGCAGCCACGGCCUUGGCCUCAGCUUCUUCGCUCAUGACCAAAGCCUCCACGAGCAAUACUCCGCGGACUGGAGCCAAACCUUCCUUGUCUCCUUCGACGUCCCAGGAUGACAGUGCCACGGUCAUCGACCCAGAAGAUGUCGAGUCAUUCGAGGGCAACUCCUCCCUCACAGCCCACGCUGCAUUCGCAUCUGAGCUUGUUUCACAGGCCGUGCAGACUAGUAUGCUCGCCGCGACCCCCUUCUCGGCACCGAACCCAAGAAUGGAAGCGGCGCUUUCUUCGCUUCGACAGAUGGUCAACUUGCUCCCGAGCCGCAGCUCUUCUAACCAGGAAGGUCCAUCGCAGACGGAUCAAAACAGCAAAACCAUACCGCGCGGUCGUCUGCGGGACCUCCCCAUGCCGCCCAUGGAGUUUGUGGUCGAGAAGCUACGAGAGCUCAAAGGAGCUCCCGGCCCCAUGAUGUUGUUGAUCGUGACAUGUUUCACCGACAUCGACCACUUCACAGACCGCUGCAGGCGGCUGUAUUUCUGCACCGACGAUGCCGACCUCUCAGAGGCCCUCUUCAUCAUCGUGAAUGCCGGCCUAAUGUACCUUUUCUUCGAAGGCUCCAUUACGGCUACUCCCGGCAGCGCUGAAAAGGUCAGGCUGGAGCAGUGCUGCUCAAUGUGUCAGAACAAUGUAGAAGCUGCUUUAGCUCAUCUUCCCCUUAUGAUGCCUGCUACAAUGGAGAAUAUCGAGGCGCUGCUUAUGGGUGCCAGCCUCUCGAUAGACUCAUCCCGACCCAGUCUUGCAUGGCUCCUGACUAGUCGCGCAGCACACAUGUGUCGCACGUUGGGCCUACAUCAAGAGGGUAGCGUACGCAACGAUCCGCCCGACGUCCGAGCGGCCAAGGCGUUGCUGUUCUGGAGCACAUACAUGUUGGACAAGGGUCUGAGUCUGAGACUCGGUCGUGCGAGCAUCCUCCAGGAUUAUGAUAUCAGCGUGCCAAGCGUGCUGCAGGCCAGCUUUGGCGAACAGCCUAGCCAGGCGAUCUUGAGUUUGUGGAUCAAGCAUGCCGAGGUCCAGGGCAAGAUCUACCAGCGGCUGUACUCGCCAGGCGCACUGCGGCAGAGCGAGCAGGGAAGAAGUCAACAAGUACAGCUCGUGACCAGGGAUGUACAGUUCUUGUUGCGAGAGACCUUGAAACUGCUUGACGAUGUGAGGACACAAGAGCAGACCAAGGAUAACAAGAUGUUCGAAAUCAUACUCAAGAGUGACGAAGUAAGCUACUAUUCGAGCUUGGCGCUAGCACAACGUGCCUUGCCACCGAGUGGUACGGGCAGUAGCCGCACUUUUGCGGAUGAAUGCUUGGACUCGGCAAGAGCGGCUAUGAGGACGCAUGGGGAGGCCAUGGCAAUGAUGGACGAUCUGAGUCUUCAAAUUGUUUACAUGCACUGGACGAUCCUUUACGCCCCCUUCAUCCCGUUCAUUGUCAUAUUCUGCCAUGCUAUCGAGACCUCGUCGGCAGGGGACUUGCCAUUACUCGAAAGAUUCGUCGAGUCUUUACAAGCGUCGUGCCCGAUCUCCGCUGCCAUCGACAAACUCUACAAACUAUCGAAAGUGCUAUACAAUGUUGCGCUGUUAUAUGUUGAGGCCAAGACGCAACAGACACUCGAUCAGGACAUGGUUCCCGUGGGCAAUGAAUUCGACAUGUACCUCAGCCAGCUAGGGUUCAUGCCGAUGGACGAAACGAUGAUAGGAACUGGAGAUGCCGACGGAGAUUUGACAAGAAACUUGAUGCAGAAUGCACAGCUGGGUGAUUGGUUCUCGGGCGGGAACCACAUUAUUGGGCUCUUGGAAGAGGAUUUGUCGACUUUCAACACUUCGGCGUGGUGAACGCAUGUCGUCCUGCACUUGUAAAACAACCAGACCUAUGCCUCAGAGUCUCCUGGCGCGUUGGUGAUGGACAAAUGAAAUUCUUUGAUGACAAUUCCU